AUGGCCUAUGCUCAGUGGCUUACCAUUCAGAUUCAAAAUCUGUUGAAGAAGAAUGACAUCCGCGUCCAACAUGCCGUCCUUGAAUGGGGCAAGUUCUACAAAACCUCCAAAGACGUUGAGGUCACAACUAGCCAAAUCGAAGCCGUCGUCAUCGCUCCUGGAUCCUCCGAGAGUGUAAGCGCGUGCGGUCGUUCUGACGCAUCGUCGGGUACAACUGGGCAAUUCGACAUUUAUGAGGGCGCGGCCAAGAUUUGCACCGUCAAGUGGGACUGUCCUUGGGGGUCGAAGACAAACAGCUUUAACAUUGAAAGCUAUAACAUCAUCACGUCGCCGUAUCUUGUCAGUGUCGGAAACUGGAAUCGGGACAGUGGUGCCAUCGGAACUGUCCCCAUUGUCAUUUCGCAGAAGUAG